GACAUUGGCAUUUCUGUCAUAACAAAAACAAAUAUUCAUAACCUAAUAGUGAGUGAAAUAUUAAUUUUAUUUGGCUUAACUUCUUGAUAUUUCUAAUAAAUCAAUACUCAGAUAGGGCACAAGUACAUUAUGGAGAAAAUUUAUGAAGUCAGUGGCUUUCGUGCUUCAGAAAGGAUUAAUUUUAAUCAAUACUUCAAGAAAUACAGUGAUAUUUGUCCUGCUCCUCUCAAUAACGUUCAUGACAAUCUUGUUGAAUUUAUUGGCGAAGGACCACUUUCAAAUUUUAAUGAUUUAGAAACUCUUUGUAACCCCAACAGUUUAACAUUAUCAAAUGAACCACCUAAUGUUCCAAUAGAUAUGCCCGACAAAAUGCAUUCGAAAACCAAAUUUGACCACUACUAUCCCAUCACUCCUAAGGCUCGUGAAUUGAACGUUGUACAAGCGAAAGAGGGCUUAGACAAGAAAAGGGAUUCUACAGAAAUUACAUUUCCUUCCAAAAGAACUUUCAAAUCAAGUAUUGAAAAUGAUUCACUUGACUAUGAAUCAAAUCCAGUGAAACCUUAUAGUGAUUACAUUCUUUCAAUUUUGAUAUAUCAACCAAGAAGUAUUGAGCAAGGCAAUAAGUAUUCAUCGGAAAAGUUGAGAUUUGCUUAUGAAAUUGAAGCUAUCGGUAGUAAUAAGCUCUCUGAGGUCGUUGAUAUUAUUGAUUGUGCGAGUAAUUUAGCUAUCAUUAAGGAAGUAGAAAAUACAGAUGCAGAUUUGAGUGAAUUUCAAAACGCUAAAAAAUGGUAUCCAGCACAAACAGUAUUUAUAGAUGGUGUUUUUUAUAAUGAUACAAGAGUACCGAAUUCUACAGAUUUAUCAAAAGAAGUAAUAAAGUGGGCAAAAGAAAAAGAUAUUGGAGUGUUUACUACCGCUAAAAUGGAAGAAACACUUCUAUCGAGUUUAUCUCCUCGAUUGGGUUACCCAUAUGUCUAUAUUCAUCAAGGAAAUUGCGAACACAUUUUCUCGUUUUCUGAUGCUCGUCUCGUUUUGAAAAGAGAUAACAUCAGGUCGAAUUAUCCUAGAAUUGUGUCUUCUAAUCGGGAGUCUAAUAUUCUUUGCUUCUUAUGCGCGAAGAGGCCAUCGGAAUGGAUGGUGUUUCGUUGCGAGAAAUUCCCGCAAGAAAGGACUUUUCUAUGUACAAAAUGCUGUGAUUUAUACCUUUAUAUUGAUGGAGAAAAGGUUACUGAUUUCAAAUUGUAUCCGUAUUAUAAUUAAAAAGG